UGUUCAUUGUGUUCCUGUAUUCCCGCAGAGGAACAGAAUCCAUGUAAGGAAGUCCCCGUCUUCCCAGAGAUGUGGGCGGAGCCGGAGGCCGCGUACACGCCUCCGCCCACAAAGAAACCACGCAAAAACGCAGCGGAAAAACUAAAGAUCAGAGAGGUGAUCGACGAAGGGACCAGAGAGAGACUCAUAUGUGAGGUCAAACAGAAAACCAGGAACAUAGACGAUAUGUGCAUCUCCUGUGGAAGCCUCAACGUCAGCAUCGAGCAUCCUCUGUUCGGAGGAGCAAUGUGUCAGGGCUGCAAAAACUCGUUCCUGGAGUGCGCGUACCAGUACGACGACGACGGCUACCAGUCCUACUGCACCAUCUGCUGCGCAGGAAGAGAGGUGCUCAUGUGUGGAAACAACAACUGCUGCAG